AUGGUGUACUACUUCUCAUCGAACACAGUAACGCCGUCGGCCUUCAUCUAUGUUGGCAAAGACAAGGUAGAAAAUGAAGAGCUGAUCAAGUACGGCUGGGAUGAGGACGUUUGGUUUCACGCGGAUAACCUUUCGUCGGCGCAUAUCUACGUUCGGUUGCCAGAAGGCGAGAGCUGGGAGAAUAUGAACAAGGACUUGAUGAUUGAUUGCGCGCAAUUAACCAAAGCAAACAGCAUCGAAGGUAACAAGAAAGACAACGUCACCAUCGUAUAUACACCAUGGUCGAAUUUGAAGAAGGAUGGGAGCAUGGCGGUGGGUCAAGUUGGCUUCAAGGACCCGAGAAAGGUCAAGCGGAUACAUGUAGAGCAGCGGGAGAACCCCAUUGUAAACAGACUCAACAAGACCAAAGUUGAGAAGUUUCCCGACCUACGAGAAGAAAAGGAAGCCAGGCUGAGCGAGCUGAGAAAGAGGGAUAGGGAUGCCCUCCAAGCCAAGAGGAAAGAGGAAGCGCGCAUAGCCAAGGAGCGGAAAGAGCUCGCAUGGCGUAGGGACCACGCCUAUGAUGAUGUGAUGACCGAAGAGAACCUGGAGCAAAACUCCAAUGAGAAUCGUGAUGAAAACUUCCUCGACGACUUCAUGUAG